AUGAACUCAUUAAAAGAUAUCUAUCCACUUAUUGAGUAAGAAGAAGUUCUUUACAGUAUGAGAAAAUAAAAACUCAUUCUUGAAGCUAACAAAUUACUCAAUUCAAAUGAAAGUGAUACUCUUGAUGAUUCCAUUAAAAAUAGCAUUUCGAAAGUAUCAAAUUUAAGAUAGGAUGCUAUUGUUAUGGAUAAUCAAGUACAUCAAAUUUAAUAAAAUGCUCAUGUUACAAUCAAGAGUUUUGAAGCACUUAAGUAAAAAUAUCAAGUAUGGCAAGAAAUCAAAAGAAAAAUGUAGAGUUGUUAUUAAAUACAUUGAAUUGUUUUCUAGAAUUGAGUCGAAUUAAGAAUCAAUUACCAAUUGCUAUUGAAUAAUAAGAUAUUGCAUCAUGUAUUAAAUUUGGUCAAGUCUAUUAUGAGAUCUUACCUAAUUUAUUGAAAGAAUUUUGUCAAUCAGAUUAUCAAUUUGUAGAAAAUAUUAUUAUGAACUAAUUGAUACCAUUUUAAAAGUAAUAAUUUGAAUUAGCAGUCAAAAAUAAUGAACUUGAAAAAAUUAAUUUAUGUUCAGGUUUGGCUAGAGUUCUACAUUUAGAAUAAUCUUUAGAUAAAGUUAAAAACAUUUAUGGUGAAGAAUUACUUAAAGAUCUUAGACUCUUAGAAUAGAAUGAAUAAUAAAAUCUACCAUUAUCCUUCUAAGAUAUUGUAAAUAAUAAAUAUCAUUAUCCAUUUUUGAAUUAUUUUGUUGGCAUUUUAGAAUUAAUAAAACCAGAAAAAUUCUCUAAGAAUGUUUAAUAAUAUUAUGGAGUUGAAGGUGUAUUGGAAUUGAUUGAUUAUCUAGUAUCUAAAAUUUCACAUCCUUAUUUACUUGGUGUUUUAAAAUAAUUAAAUUCCUUUUUUGAAAUUGAGAAAAUGGUUAAGAAUGCAAAAUCUGUUCAAAGUUAUGAUAAUUAAUUAUUGCAAUCUAUUUCUAAAAAGAUUAAUUUAGAUUAAAAAUAAUUAGAAAAGGUUUCAUAUUAUUGUGAUGAGAUUUCAGCUAUAUCAAGUGAAUAUAAUGGAUUUUUGUAACAUUUAAAAUAAACUGCAGAAUUAGAUAAAGAUAUUACUAAUUUGGCAAUAGGUGAAUCUAUUACAGAAUAUUUGAGUAAAUACUUAGAGUUCUCUUAAAUUGAAUUAUAAUAAUAAAUAGUAUUCUUUGUUUAAAAAUCAGAACCUCUUAAAGAUUUAUGGAAUUUUGAUAAGGCUAAAUUUACUAAAUUAUUAGAAUGUCAAAAUGUACUUUUAAGUAAUGGAUAUCAUGAAUGGUUAGAAGAGAUAUUCUAUUUAAUAAAAUAAUAAAUUUAAAGAGCUAUUUCAACUGAAAAUUAAAUUAUUGCUAGUGCCUUAAUCAAUUUCAUAGGAUUUUAAGUAAUUUCAGAUGAUUUACAUUAAAUUACUCUUUAAUUAUUUCAUCGAUAUUUAAAAAAAGAAUAUUUUUCUCCAUAAGCUAUAGGUAUAUCAUAAGAGUAAACAGUAAAUAAUUCAUUCAUAAUUUUGUUAUUUAAUAUUUUAAGUAAUAUACCUAUGUAUUUGAAAACUCUUAAAUCUUAGAUUUAUAGUGAAUUACCUAAAGGUCCAUAAUCAUAAAUGAUUGUUGGGGCAGUGGAAGAAAUGAUUGAAGUAAAUACUAAAAAGUUUUAAAAAUUAAUAGAAGAGAAAUUAAAGGUAUUGGCAGAGAAUUUGAAGAGUACAGUUAAGGAAGUGUUUGAAGAAAUAAAAUAAUUACAUUUUGAUUAGAAGGAUGUUGUAAUGUUGGAAUAAGAAAGAGAGUAUUAAAAAUACUUCUCCAAUUAAAUAAAGAAUGCUUUUAAGGGAUUAAAUUAAUGGAAGACUUAAUUUACAUAAGAUAAUUAUGAAUAAAUGUCAUUACAUUUAUGUUAUUCAAUAGCAAAAUAAUUAGAAUAAAUUAUUAUGAAUAAGAAAUUUCAUUAAACAGGAGCUGUAAUUUUAGAAAAAGAAGUUAGAACAAGUAUCAAUUAUUUAAUUACGUAUUAUUAAUAAAUUAAUUUUAUAGGAUGACAAAUCCAAAUAAUAAAUAAGCAUUUGCUAGAUUAUAAUUGAUAUGUAGUACAUUGCUUUUGGAAUCUUAUAAAGAAAUGGAAGAUUUUUUAAGUAGCAGUGCUAUAUCUGAAUUAUCAUCAAAUGAAAUAAAGAAGAUUAGACAAUUAAGAAUAGAUUUGUAGUGA